AUGGUUCUCAGGGUUCUUAUUCCUGACCUGGAGGUCGAGGUGGCCAUUCUGGCUAGGUUGGAGUGGAAGGGUGUCAGUAGUCAUACGCCAAAGAAAGUGAUAUCAUUUCUUAAGGCUCGUCGAAUGGUUGAGAAAAGGUGUUUAGCUUAUUUGGCCUAUGUUAGGCAUAACAGUGCCAAUAUUCCUCCACCUGAGUCGGUGCCAUUAGUGAGGGAGUUUCUUGAGGUGUUUUUGAUAGAUUUACCAGAUGUUCACCAGAUCGCGACAUUUAUUGGAGCAUGCAUGGUUAGACUUGAUAUUUCGAAACCUGACAAGGUUCUAGCUUAUAUGGAGGCACGAUCUUCUUUAUUGGAGCAUAUUAGGGCUCGACAGUUUGAUCAUGCAAAGUUGUGUAAGAUUCGAGACAAGGUGUUGAAAGAAAAAGAAAGGAGGCAACUCUUGACAGUGAGGGUUUUGAGGAUGAAGGGUGGCAUAUAUUUUCCCAAGGUGGGUGAUUUUACUAGUUUGAUCAUGGAAGAUACCCAUAGUUCGAGGUAUUCUAUUCAUUCGGGAGCUACAAAGAUGUAUCGAGAUUUGAAACAACAUUAUUGGUGGUGCAGUAUGAAGACGGAUAUUGCGGGAUUCAUGUCUCGGUGUUUGAAUUGUCAACAAGUGAAGUAUGAGCACCAAAAGCUAGGUGGAAUUACUCAGAGGAUGCUAUACCUGAGUGGAAAUAGGAAGCAGAUCGCUAUGGAUGUUGUGGUAGGAUUGCCAUGGACUUUGGGGAAGUUUGAUGCCAUUUGGGUCAUUGUGGACCGUUUGACUAAGUUAGCUCAUUUUGUACCAGUUUAG